GUUCCCAGCGUAGUCAUUGGACAUUGACUCACAGCCAAAAAUGGCGUCAUUUUGACAUCGAAAACAUCUGUACGAAGAAUUAGUCAUAAUAAUAACCUUUUACUUGCAGGGCACGCCUGAUUUUGUCAAUUUUUGUAUACAGAUAUUGGACAGCCAUGCCCUUGACCGUGCCACCGUCCCCGGGUCAGCCGUCGGAGCGUGUCCGCAUCCUGUCAGAAAAGGCCGCCACGGUCGCGGUGGAAGAUUCCAUCGCACCGAGGAUGUACUUCCGCUCAGGGGUGGAGAUGGUCAGAAUGGCCACAGUCUACCAUGAGGAGGGAAACCUGGAGGCUGCUUUUAUCCUCUACAUGAAGUUCAUCACCCUGUUUGUGGAAAAGCUUCCCAAGCACCCAGAAUACAAGUCUGCUGCUGCAAAGGACAAGCAGACGACCAAAAGGAAGCUGGAGAUGGUUUUUCCCGUGGCAGAAAAGUGCAAGAAGAAACUCACGGAGAAAUACAUGGCAGAUCUCAAGGAAUGGGAGAUGGAAAAGGAAAAAAUCAUGGAACAGAUUGCAAUAGAGAAAGAGAAAGAAGCGGAGAGGCAACGGCAGAUCGAGGAAGAUCGACGGAUGGCAGAAAACCUCCUGGAGGAGGAGAAGGAAGAAAUACGGAAGGAGUCCCAGGAGGAGCAGUACAGAAGAAUGCAGGAACAAAAGAGACUGGAACUGGAGAGAGAGAAGGAAAGGACUUUGGAGGAGAAGGCAGUUCCUCCUGGUGUCCUGCCUUUAGACGGGGUGGUCCCCUUCAGUAAGCCUCAGUCUUGGGACGACAACAAGGGUGGGGUCAUCACCACCACUAUCUUGGGUCCAGAUACAGCCAAACUGGGACCAGCAGCUGGGAACGUGAGCACGCUACCUGGACAGGUGAACGGACAGGUGCAGCCUGAACAGGUGCAACCUUCAGCCCCACCUCCAGCAUACUCGCCCCCAGGUGGCCUGCCACCCCCUAAAUAUGUACCAACAGUGGACCGGUCCACAAAACCAGCCAGUCUCCAGGAUGUUCCUAGCAGCAACAAGUAUGGCCUGAGACAAGUGGUCGUCCCACAGGAGAUCAUGCUGAAGUUUUUGAACCUGGCCCAGCCAAACACUGUCAAGAACGUCGAGACUUGUGGCAUUCUGGCUGGAAAACUGAAACAGAACAGUUUCACCAUCACCCAUGUGCUGGUGCCCAAACAGAGUGGCACCCCAGACUCCUGUACAACUCUGAGUGAGGAGGAACUGUUUGACUACCAGGACAAACAUGAGCUCAUCACACUAGGAUGGAUUCAUACCCAUCCCACUCAGACGGCAUUCCUGUCCAGUGUGGAUCUUCACACACACUGUUCCUAUCAGCUCAUGAUGCCAGAGGCCAUUGCAAUUGUGUGCUCCCCCAAGCACCAGCAGACUGGAAUUUUUAUGCUUACUCCAAACCACGGUCUAAAUUUUGUUGCCAGCUGUAGACAGACAGGCUUCCACCCCCAUCCAAAGGAGCCACCACUGUUUGAGGAUUGCUGCCAUGUGAAUGUGGUGCCCACUGAAACUGUUGUUAUGGUGGACCUGAGAAAUUAGAUCCAGAAUCUACUGUCAAUACAAGGAAUAUUGACUGAAAUAUACAUAAUAUACACUAGAAGGAACCUAAGAUAAUAUUCAAUGAUGACAGCAGACAUACCUUUAAUAUUAAUAGGCAUAG